ACAUGAAGACAUGAACACAGAGGAAGAAGAAGAAAAAAAGCUCUCUCUCAGGCGCCCACACUAUCUGCGCGCAGUCGCUGUUGUCUAUCCUGCCUGCUGGACCCGUGAGAUGCAGACGGAGAGUUGUUUGUCUUUUUCUUCGCAGACCAGCAGGAGGACGCCAGGAAACUCUCCGGGGCUGGAGCACGGCGGCUCCUUCCUACCCUGCGAUGCGCUGCAGAAACCCUCGCACCUUUCUCCUCCUCCUCCUCUUCCUCACCGUCUCAGCCUGCGAGGGGAUCUGUACGCCGCCGCCAUGGAGCGGUUUGGAGACGCUGCGGCGGACUUUACGCACGGCGUUACCCCGGGGAUGCCGCCCGAAUCACCGUCCAAGCACAGCAAGUUCUUGGGCAGUGUAAACCAAGAUCAGAAAGGGACAGUGAUAAUCGGCAAGCCGGCCUUCUAUGAAAACAACUCGGAAGUCAGAGAGAAAGGAGCUCCAAAAACCAUGGGCUAUCCUGGGAUUGGCACAGACUGCAAGCUGAAAGAGCCAGGUGGUGGUUUACAGGGCGACUCUAUCGCUGACUCCAUCGACUUAUCAGGCAAGAACAAGAAGCGGCGCAAUCGCACCACUUUUAGCACCUUUCAGCUGGAGGAGCUGGAGAAGGUGUUUCAGAAGACGCACUACCCUGACGUUUAUGCCCGGGAGCAGCUGGCACUGAGGACUGAGCUCACUGAGGCUCGGGUUCAGGUUUGGUUCCAAAAUCGUAGAGCCAAGUGGAGGAAACGGGAACGCUACGGGAAGAUCCAGGAGGUUCGCAACCACUUUGCUGCUACAUACGAUAUUUCUCUUCUCCCUCGUCAUGAUACAUACCAGAUGCAGGGCAACCUGUGGCCCGGGGCGGCUACAGGAGGAGGCAGCGGUUCGGGUGCUGCUUGUGUUCUUGGAGCUGACUCUAUCCCCUCAUCCUGCAUGAGUCCAUACCCUCACCCCCACAGCAAUUUACAGGGUUUUAUGGGCAUGCCCCCGUCCUCCAGCCAUCCCCACCACCAUCACCACCACCCAUCUCACCAUCCAGGCAUCAACGGCCUCUACUCACUCCACAGUUUCCCAGGAGGCCUCGGGUCCCCUUCCAUUGAAGGGCCUGAGGCCGAAUACAAGCCGACGGGCCUGGUGGCGCUGCGGAUGAAAGCCAAAGAGCCAGGCAGCAUCCUCUCCUGGCCUACAUGACCACAACAGUGCCAGCACCCCGUUAUGCACUGACUGAGCCAUUGCAUAUUACAAUCCUGACCCAGAUGUACACACCCAUCUCAGCAUAUGAUUCACAUAUUUCCUCUUUACAUUAACGCAAACCGAACUGGAGACUCGAAAAACAAUAUGAUGAACACUGAGCGUAAUUUGAGCUUCUUGCAGCUUUCUUGUUUCCAUUUUUAGUUUGAUAACACAAUGCUGAGACCAAAGAGGAAACAUUAUUUAAGCAUGUAAAAAAAAUUUAUUAUCAUAUUAAUCUUUGUUUUAUGUCUGUCGUGCUUCGUAGUGUGACCAGUA